CCGAACGCCGAAGCAUACGGACACACGCAUUAGAAUGAAGUCACUCGCAUUGCUCUGCACGCUGGUGCUGUUUGCCAUCGUAAGCGAUGCGCUCUCGCUGGACGCUAGCGGAAAAGUUCCAGCGCCUCGACCAGCCGAGCGGUUGCUCGACAAUCUUGACAUCCUGCAGGAAGACGGCGGCUUUGAUCCGCUCGCACCGGUUUCCCAGCACACGGAGCUGUUCGAAAUUGCGAAGCGUUUGGCGCAGAAGAAGGAGUCCGGAAUUGAGGCUCGUGAUGCGUACGGUGGCUACCAUCCGGGCGGUGAGAUGAACAAUCUGGACCGGCUCGAGUACAACACGAAACAGUUCCUCAACCUGGCGGUCGACGUGUCCUACUCGUCCGUUUAUCUGCUCGGCAACUACACACGAUUCGUCCACAAUGCUAACAAGAAGUUCAUCAUCGUUUUUGAAUAAACCGCUGCCCUUAAUUUAUAAUGCUAGACUGAACAUAAAAUUUGCGUGUUACAUUUUUGUCUUAA